AUGGAAGACCUGCUCCUGCAGGCAACCAACUUUAAGGAAUUGCUCAACCACCUGCAGGUUGUCUUCGACAUCUGCUUUGAGGAAGGCAUCACCCUCAGCAUUGACAAGUUUGAAAUUGGCAAGAGGGUGCCCUUUGCUGGGUUUAUUGUCUCCAAAGCCGGCAUGACGCCCGACCCCGCCAAGGUGGAGGCCAUCUCUGCCUUCCCCUCCCCUAAGAACUUGAUGGGCCUCCGAUCCUUCAUGGGCCUUGCCAACCAGCUUGCGUCCUUCAUGUCAGACUUCGCUCACACCACCACGAGGAUGAGGGAACUGCUGAAAAAGUCCUCUGCUUGGCUUUGGCUAAAUGAGCAUGAGGAGGAGUUCAGGAGGGUUAAGGCCAUCCUUUCGUCCACACAUGUGGUUAAGCCGUUUGACCAGUCACUCACCACCGAGCUCAUGACAGAUGCGUCGAACCUGUAUGGGCUCAGGUACGCGCUCAUCCAGUGUGGGAGCUGCACGUUGUCUCCUGCCCAGUGCAACUAUGCCGUUUUCGAGCUCGAGCUCAUGGCUGUGUGGUUGCAACGGCUCCAAGAAAAUUCGGCCCAGUACAAAUUCGUGGUCAUGUGGACUCCCGGCAAACGCCAUUUGAUCGCUGAUCACCUAAGCCGGUACCCUGUGCUUGGUCCCUCACAUGCCCUUGACAAGGGGCUUGCCCUCUGCGCGGCCAUCUCCAUUAAUGACCCCACCCUCCAUAUCAUUUCCUCCAACAUUGACGAGGAGUACCGCUUGCUUGCCCUCGCGCUCAGGGCCGGAGGGGGCCUCCCUCCUGAUUUGUGUGAGUACGCCGGCCUCUUUGGUGGGCUCAGGGUGGAAGGUGACCUCAUCCUUAUGGGAGAACGUCUCUUUGUGCCGCGCCCAGCGCGCCCAUCCAUCAUUGAGCUCCUCCAUACAUCCCACUCUGGCAUCAAUAAGACUUACAAGCUGGCAUCCCAGCUUUAUGUGUGGCCAACCCUUCGGAAUGAUGUCCGGAACCGGGUAGCUUCCUGCACAAAAUGCGUGGCAGCACUCCCCUCGCAGGAGGCAGCACCAGUGGUCCCGGAAGGGGCCUCGUUCCCCAUGGAAGCGGUAGCUGUGGACCUGUUUGACCUCAAGGAUUCCACAUUCAUGGUGAUGGUCGACCGUUACUCGGGCUUCCCCUUCACAGCAAGGUUGUCUUUGACAUCCACAGAAGCAGUGUGGUCCACUCUUAUGGAGUGGUUCUAUCUGGUGGGGUUCCCAACCACCAUCAAGACGGACAACGGCCCACAGUUCCGCGGCCCGUUUGCGGCACUCUCCGUGGAUGCGGGGAUCAAGCACGUCACAUCCUCCCCCUACCACCUUGCCUCCAACGGACUGGCCGAAUCUGGAGUGAAGGCCAUCAAGACUCUACUCAGGAAGGUGGGCUGGACUGACAAUGCCAAGUUUUGGGGUGCCCUUCUUGAGUGGCGUUGCACGCCCAGGGUGGAUGGCUUUUCGCCAGCGGACGCCUUUCACGCCCGCAGAGUCCGCUCACGGCUACCCUCCGCCCACCAGGACGGCGUGUUUGACCGCCAAGCUUUUGCUGAUGCACGAUCGUCAUAUCGCGACCAGAUGGUGAAGAGCGCUUGGGGCCGCCCUCUGAAGCCCCUAGUGAUUUGCCAACACGUCCAGAUACAAGAUGUCUCGGAAAAAUCGUGGAGCUUUAGCACGGGAACGAUUGUUGAGGCCCUCCCGAACGGCCGCUCCCCUACCGGAUACCAUUGCAACAAAACAAUGACGUUUCAUUAA